GGUCAUCCACGUGUAGCACUCAAAAUGGAGUCCGGAGAGCAAAUAUCCGGCCAAGAGCCAGAAGAAACGAAGCCAGAACCGACAGAAAGCAACGAUUCCUACACCUUAGAAGUUCUACAGCUCAUCAAGGAGUCCCAACAACAACAUGGAUUAAGACACGGAGAUUAUCAGCGAUAUAGGAGUUACUGUUCAAGGAGGCUUCGUAGAAUACGAAAGUCUCUCAAGUUUGUGUACGGCAACAGAAAUAAAUAUGUUUCCAGAAAAAUCAAAGAAGAAACCAUCACAGAUGUUCGGUUUUUGUAUCUACCAUUGAUGUGCGCUGAGCGAUGCUGGGCGUUCAUGAUGCAGCUCAAACAAGAAUCCAACACUGAGCUGAGGAAACGUUUUCAUCUCAUGUCUCGACUCAUCAAGGCUGUGCGAUACGCUGAGGAGUUGGAAACGCUGUCACAGAGCGAGAAAUGUGACGCCCGCUCCAAACUCGAAGCUCAGGCCUACUGCUCAUGGAUGAAAGGAACAUUGUUCUUUGAAAGGGAGCAAUGGGAAGACUGCAUCAAGAUGUUUAGCACUGCACAGAAUAUUUACGAGAAGUUGGCAAGCGCCCUCAACGAGGACGAGCGUAUUCUGUAUCUACAGCGUGUGGAGGAGAUCACUCCAAGUAUUCGUUACUGUGCGUAUAACAUCGGUGACCAGAGUGCUAUCAAAGACUUAGUAGAGAUGAGGCUUAAGACUGGCAGUCAGAUGUCUUCCAAUAUAGAUAACCUUCUAGCGCAGACGAGAGAGAAGCAGGCAGCUACUCUGAGUGAAGUCACCUGGAGAGGAAGACUAGUGGCAGUCAAGAAUGAGCAGGUGCGGACGUUUCUUGUGAGCUGUGAAGAGAACGAGAAGCAAUUAAAGACUUCUAAGGAUUCAGAGAGUAAGAUGUUGAUCUAUGAGAGUCUACUUAUGGAAUGUAAAGAUGCUCUGCAGAUUCUACGAGACGAGGUCAAAUCAGAUCCUACUGUUAAGCAACGAGCCCAGAAGUCUGACGGCCCCAUCCCUAGCUCCCAGUACCUCUAUACAUACCUCAUGUACAUCCGCCUCACCAAGACGAUAGAACGUAACAUCCUGAUCGCAGAGACUCUCAAGGAGAACCUGCCCGAGACGGGAUUGACCGUCCCCGCGACGACGCCCGGGGGCACCAACAACAAGAAGACCAACAAGCCACAGGAUCUCAUCAGAAUUUACGACAGUAUUAUUCAGAAUCAUUCAGAGAUCUCUCAGCUUGCUGGGCUUGAAGACGAUGACAGCCUGCAACAGGAACUCACCGCCAAGACAUUCAAGUAUAAAGCUUUGAGGUGUUUUUAUUUGGCUCAAUCCUAUACUACGACGAAGAAGUGGAGAGAAGCGUCCGCUCUUUAUGAGAGAGUUCUUCAACACAUUGAUAGCACAACAAAGGAGUUUAGAAAAGUCAAAGGCAAAUCAAAGGCUGAGUUGUCGGAGAUGAAGGAACUUACAAAGACAGUUAAUGGACUCAAACACUCCGCCCAUGCAUUAUCUAUUCUAGAUUCAGAGGACAUGACCUCUGGAAUGGCCCAGCUAGAGGUCACCUCAGACAAGAGAGCAGUCAGCGAACGUCUGAACAAAUACCAAGACGGACUCGACGUGGCCUCCAGCAAACCCAACCUAGUACCCUUCCCACCAGACUUCCAACCCAUCCCCUGCAAGCCGUUGUUCUUUGACAUCGCGCUGAAUCAAGUGGAGUUGCCAUCGCUAGACGACAAACUUGAGCAGAAGGCGGCAGCAGCAGGAGGCAUCACUGGGUUUAUAAAGGGGUGGUGGGGCGGCGGCAAGAAGUAGAAAGGAGGCGGAGCUUAAAGUCGUCAUCCUGGAGUAUGGUUUUAUUCGACUUAGAAACCUUGGGUUUUUUUUGUGGCAUGUCAAUGAAAUGACAUGGAAUGACUUCAAAUGAAUUUUCCUUUGAAUAUCUUUGAUCAAAAGGACUGUUUCGAUACGUUCCCCUUUUUACUUCAAAUUAGUCUAUAACAGUUUGUAUCUUUAUUGAAGACGACAAAAAAACUUGGGGGUCUUGUUUGGCAAAUGCUUCAAAAUAUUGGCGAGUGCUGUUGUUGAUGCAAACCAGCACUGCCACCGUAAUGCGAAAUAAAAUUGGUAUACAAUUUAAAUGCUACAGUACAAACCAUACAUGUAUUUGUUUGUUAAAAACCUCUUUGAUGGCCGUCUGUCAGUCAGACAAUUUAUUUCUUUUUCAUGGAGGGUGUUUAGAGUAACUCAACACACAGUUAUGUGUUCUAUGAGUUAUUGAGUUAUCACAAUCAACGAGUUGUUGGGUUAGCUCGAGUUAUUGAGGUGUUCCCCUUGCUUUGUAAAGAAAAAUACUCCAAUUCAGAUUUAGCUCAUGAUAUCAUCAAUGAACAGGAGAAAUCUGGACAGAGAUUCAUGACGAUGUUUAUAUAGACGAUGUGGCCUACAUGUAUGUUUACAUUCAAACCGCCCUCUGUUGAAAAAACACUGUAUACGUCAUGUUUCGCCGGGCAA